UGUAAAUGAUUAAUACACUUUAAAGAUUAUUUGUGAUUUAAUAAUCACAAAUAAUUUGUAAUACUUAAUACAAAUAUUCUUUGUAUCCUAGUCUAUUAGAACAAUAGGAAAAAGCUAUGAGAAAUUGUGAAAAAUAAAACUAUUUUCAUCAUGAAGCUUUUUUGUUUUGGUCUCUUGAUAUCAUUUAGUAGUUUAUUUUUAAAAGGAAUCAACAGUGAAAGACUUCAUGAACAGAUUUAUUCUUCUAUCGAAGGUAGUGCGGCGUGUUUUAGAAGACUCAAUGGAACCCAUCAAGCUGGAUGUUCAUCAUCUUUCAAUGGCGCUGUCGGCGUAGUGCACAUGGUUCGUGAUAUUUCGCAUGCCCAGUGGGUGGUUUACAAUGCAACCGCUGGCCCAUACAUGCCUGUUGUCAGUACAUCAGUCUUCAACAUUGUAAUUGAACUAUUACUUGAGGAACCCUCAAACAUUGCUGGUAUUCUGGUGUUCCAUAAUGCCACAGCCAGACCAUCUUCGUUCAGUCAUGAACUGAAAUGUCCAAAUGAAUAUUACAAUACAAAAGAGAGCAAAUGUCCAUCCUCUAAUGGCUUGGUGUGGAAUGAAAUUGGUACUGGACUGUUGAGAAGAGACAUCCCAUACCCAAUAUUCUAUUUACCUAAUUCUAAAAUAGAUGUCAUAAAUCAAAUAGAACAAUGCUUUGAAAGAUUUAAUUUAGAUUUGAACAAUCAAAAGGGGAACCCCUUGUGUUCACUGCAGUUGAAUUCUUUCAUGUAUGCUGCAGUAAAUACUGUCACUUGUUUAAGAAGAUCCGCAUCAUCUGACAUUCUUACAGCAACAAAAGUUUGUGAUCCAUUAGGAGAUUAUAAUGUUUACUAUUCGUUAUUUCCACGAUCUAAGGAGACAGAACCUAAAACAAAACCUGUGACAUUAGUUACUGCAAGGAUUGACACUGCUUCUCUGUUUGAUGGUGUUGCUCCUGGUGCGGCUAGUUCAGUGAUUGGAUUGGUAGGACUUAUCACCACUGCUAGUGUCCUGUCUAAAAUGAUUCCCGUCAAUGAUUCCAAUCUUUACGACAACAAUGUUCUGUUCACUCUUUUCAAUGGCGAGUCGUACGACUACAUUGGAUCUCAGCGAGUCGCAUAUGAUAUAUCACAAGAAUCGUGGCCACCAUUACUGCCCUUGAACUCGGAACAAAUACCCUUGCACGUGGAGCUGGGACAAAUUGGAGGGUCCCUAAAAUUAUUCAAAAACAAUUCGUGGCCAAUGUAUGCCUACGCUCCAUACACCGAUCUACCAGCACAGAUUACGGAGUUCCUUGCGAAGUUUUCAAACUACUUGAAUGAAGUAAACAUGACAGUUACACCAAAAUUCACAAUGAAUUUACCGCCGUCGUCAGUGCACUCCUUUAGAAGGAUUCUUAAAAAUGCUACAGAAAGUGCUAAGCUGUCUGAAUUGUUACUUGUGGAUCAUGGUGACACAUUCACGAAUAAAUACUAUGAGUCAGUUCUCGAUGAUGAAGAAAAUAUUGGAUAUGUCUAUCACAACAUUAGUAUUGGCAGUGACGGGACAUUCGUAUCAACGGAGGCGUUGCUAGCGAAUGGUACGAUGAAGGCGUAUGAAGCGCAGGUGAAGUUGGCUCGGCUGGCGACCGCUCUCGCGCGCACUCUGUACCAAGAGGUCACGGGCAAACCCUACAGCGGUAACGUGUCGGCGUCAGCACAUAUGGUAGACGAGGUGCUGUAUUGCUUCUUAAGCAGCCAAGCGUGCCGAGUGCUAGCGGCGGCGGAUUACGGGGCGGGGUCGGCGGGGGCGGGGCCACCCGAGCGUCCCGCGCCGCUGUACGUGGGCGUGGCCGCGGCCGCCAGCCCCGCCGCGCUGUACGCGGGACACGCCCUCGCACUGCUAACGGGAGAUCACCUCACCGCAAACAAGACGGAGUGUGACGUUCUCGAUAAACCGGGAUACACAUACUAUUGGCUAAGAGGUUGGAAUCUCACCGGAGUCUGCAUACAGACAACAAUGAACUUCAGUGCUGCAGUCAGUCCGGCUUUUAUAAUAUCAGAUUAUGACAUGACGUCUGGCGUGUAUUCGAGCUGGACGGAGUCGGUAUGGCAGGCGAUGUGGGCGCGCGUGUUCGUGUCGGCGGGCGGGGGAGGGGCGCGCGCGGCGGGCGCGGCGGGGGCGGUCGUCACGCUGCUCGCCGCGCUCCUCACGUGGCGCCUCCAGAAGGACCCCGCCAUGUUCACCCUCGCCGAUAGACCAGCUAGCUCCGCGACUGGGAUACUCGGGACCGUAAACUGUUAAUAAGGAGGAGGGGGCAUCAAAUUCUUAUUGACAUAUUGGCAGUAAAAACAGUAAAUAAAAAUGUUGUUAACUUGAUUGAACAUUC